GGAGUAGGGAGGGGGAAGGUGAGGUCUAUGCGAAGGAAGUGACGUAAGAAUGUGCGCCCUAGAGAUCGCCGUAAGGGAGCCGGAGGAGGCCAUGGUUCCUAGGCGCCUCCUGUUGGUUGGGGAGGGGAAUUUCUCCUUCGCCGCUUCUCUGAUCGACGGCCUGGAUCCUGACGUCAGUGUUACCGCUACCGGCUUCCAGCACCGGGCGGAUCUGGAGGGAGAUCCCGUGGCUCUAGAGAACCUACAGCGCCUGCGCGAACGAGGUGUUGAAGUGCGUUUUGGUGUGGAUUGCACCCAGCUGGCACACGCCUUGCUAGCAGACGAGAGGGAGUUUGAUCGAAUUUAUUUCAAUUUCCCGCACUGUGGACGAAAAGCUGGAGUAGCUAAGAACAGGGAACUGCUUGCCAAGUUUUUCCAGAGCUGUGCUGAUGUCCUUGCAAAGGAAGGAGAAGUCCAUGUGGCACUGUGUAGAGGACAAGGUGGAACUCCUGCUGACAAGCCCCAGAGGGAGUGGCAUAACAGUUGGCAAGUAGUUGCCAUGGCAGCCCUGGGAGGGCUCAUUUUAAGUGAUGUGUGUCCCUUUAGCUGUGAGGCUGUGCCAGGAUACAAGUGUACUGGGUAUAGGAGUCAGGAUAGGCCUUUUCAUAUAGAAGGUGCUUUGACCUAUAUCUUCACCCAGAGCCUACCCUUUGAAAGCUCUCGGCCCAGAACAUUCAGAGUCAGACUGGAGGACCGAUGGUUUUACUUUACAGAACCAGAAGCCCUUCCAGGAAAGCUGAACAGGCGGUUCCUUGAAGCACCUUCCUGUCAUCCUAUCAGAACCAUCAAUGAGAAGCUCAUUGCUGAAUUGGGCAAAACUUUUCCCUUAAAAAGGCUGAGGUGUCCCCUCCCUUUGUUGUCACAGGGAGGCCCCAGUGUCCUCCCUCCAGUAGCCUGUGACCUUCUGCCUACCUUUUGGAUUUGUCUACAUGAAGAUAGCUCAUGUUCUGAGCUCCUGAAUGGUGAAAUAACAGAAGACAUUGAAGAAAUUCCUGACUCAGGUUCAGGGUGUACCCUUCCCAAGAGUCCUGCGAGAGAUGGCUGCAAAGCCGCUCAGGAAGGAGUCUGUGAACAGGUCAAGCUCCACCUCAGGCCUUCUCUUCUUGUCCACGCUGAACCUGUCAUCCAUUCUCCAGAAUUCCUCCCAGGCUCUCUGUACGUCCUCAGUGGACCUGUCUUUCGGAAGUGCCAUAUUUUACCCUUUACUAUGCCAGCAUUCCACGAGACUUUAUUCAUCCUUGGGUUUAAUAGGAAUACGAAGGAGAGCUGCCUUCCGCCACUGCUGGAUCACCUGAAGGAUACUCUAGGUAACUUUCUGGCCCAGACGUUGCAGGAGGACUCCAGUUUGAGCAUGUCAGUGGAUUUUGUCCUUCAACCAAAUGGAAAGGAUUAUGUAAUUCAUGUGAAGUCUCUUGAUUUUGGCCCAGAUUGUACUGAGAAUCUUAUUAUUGGGUCUAUUGUCACAUCCACGAUUGUUAAACACAAACACCAGUGUUUUGUGUUUGUUUCUAUAAAUUUGGACUUAUUGGUUAUGCUUGCCUAUGAUAUUUCUGAUUGGAGAAUAUUGUGGACUUUUGAUAACCGUUUCCUGAAAAGAUUUGCCCCUGGGAAAAUAGAACACUUUAAAAGCUAUUCUCUUUAUCCUCCAUGCUAUGUGCAUGAUGUUAGUUUCUGGUUAGAUGAAAAGAACACAUUUGAUGAACUGGAGUUUCACACUGUAGCCCGAGCAGUGUCCCAGGACACUAUCGUUUCCAUACAGUUCCUCGAUCGUUUCCAGCAUCCAGAGACUCAACAGGUCAGUCUCUGCUACAGAUUGACCUAUCAGACUUGUGAUAAGGCCCUCACCCCACAGCUGGCAGCAGCAAUGCAGUCCCAGUUCAGGAAAGAGAUUCAAAGAGAGCUCCACGUUUCACCUCGAUAGGCUACAGUGUAUGUUGUAUGUGGGUGAAAAAGAGCAAUUUGAAGCUUGCUCCUUUCCAGACUCUGGUGGGUUGUUUUGUUUGUUUUGUCUGUUUGUUUUGUGUCUGUUUUUUUGUGGUGACCCAAGUAUUGUUGAUGGACCCUAAAGAUUUUAUACCAUUUAAAUGUAUAGAUGGGCCGAUGUAUAGGUGAUGGUGUGCUUUGAUUCUGGUACUCAGGGACCUGUCAAGGCUAUAUAGUGAAGCCUUGUCUAAAAAAAAAAAAAAAAAAAAACCAACCGGAACAAAAACACCCCCUACCUACAACCCAAUUGCUGGUGACUUUAUUGUGCUUCAGUUUUUUGAUCUCGAGUAAUGACUGAAACAACAAACAAUAUAAGAAUUUUGUACUUUAGCUGCUCUCUUGCUGAAGAGGCUAUGGAACCUGUACAUCUUGUCACGUGUAUUUAAAUAUAUAUACCAUAUAUAUA